AUGGCGACGAUUGAUGAUUUCCAGACGGCGUCUGCAAAGUUUUUGUCAUGGUUCAAGUCUUUGCCGGGGGCCACAUUCCACGACGAUAUCCAGAUAGUUGACUUGAGAGGCCAGAACGCUGGACGGGGAAUUGUCGCCACUAAAGAUAUUGCACCCGAGACGGUGCUCUUCACCAUCCCGAGAAAAAGCAUCAUCAACAUUGAGACCUCCGAGCUCCCGAAGAAGAUCCCCCAGGUUUUCACCGGAAAUGACGGCGAUGAUGAGGACAUGGAGAACGAGCCGCUCGACUCAUGGGGCUCUCUCAUUUUGGUAAUGAUCUACGAGUAUCUUCAGGGCAACGCUUCCCCUUGGAAGACGUACUUUGAGGUUUUGCCCGAGAAAUUUGACACACUCAUGUUCUGGGAAUCUCCCGAUCUCGAGUACCUCAAAGGGAGCGCAGUUUUGUCGAAGAUCGGCAAGGAUGAGGCGGAUGAGAUGUUCCGCUCGCGGAUUUUGCCUGUCAUUUCAGCCAACGCUGGCAUCUUCUUUCCUCAAGGUGUUUCGCCUCCUAGUGAAUCGGAGCUCCUUCAGCUUGCCCACCGAAUGGGAAGUAUCAUCAUGGCGUACGCCUUCGAUCUGGAGAACGAAGAAGAGCCCGAGCAGGAGGAUGAAGAAUGGGUCGAGGACCGUGAGGGCAAGACGAUGCUGGGCAUGGUGCCGAUGGCCGACAUCUUGAACGCUGAUGCCGAGUUCAACGCACACGUCAAUCAUGGAGAAGACGACCUCAGUGUCACCGCGCUCCGACCCAUCAAGGCCGGAGAGGAGAUCCUGAACUACUACGGCCCCCACCCCAACUCCGAGUUGCUUAGAAGAUACGGCUACGUGACCCCUAAGCACUCUCGCUACGAUGUGGUUGAGAUUCCGUGGGAUCUCGUGCAAUCGACCUUGACCGAGCAGUUGAGGCUUACUGAUGAGGUUUGGAAGCAGGUGGCAGAGCAUGUGGACCCAGAAGACCUCGAGGACGUCUUCGUUCUGGAGCGCGAAUCCGGCGAGCCAGACUCGGAGGGACAUCUUCAGACGCCCGCAAAGGUGCAGGAGGUGUCCGCCGAGCUCGAGGAGCAGCUGAAAGAUGUCUUGAAGGCGAUUAAGAAGGUUCGGGGUGAUCUCAUUCCCGACAAGAGGAAGCGCGACGAGGUCUAUCAGUGCGUUGUGGUAUCCACAUUGCAGAAGUUGUUGGCGCAAUACCCCACGACAGCCGAAGAAGAUGAGGCUAUGCUGGCAUCCGGGAACGUGACGUCGCGCCAAAAACUGGCCGUCGAGGUUAGACUCGGCGAGAAGCGCCUCAUCAAAGAAGCUCUUCAGGUGGCGGGUCUCGGCAACAGCGCCGCCGGCGCUGAAGAGGUUGCUGCAGAUGAGGGGCAGGAGAGAUCGUCUAAGAGGGCGCGGACAGCACAGUGA